AUGGAGGAGGCCAAGCCUAAUCCUUACGCCUACUGGCAAAAUAGCCCCCACCCUCCGACAGCUACCAAUGAACAGUCCAGCUGGGAGGAUGGAGAGCCGCCCGCGCCCAGCCCCGAGAGAGGGUGGAGCCACAGCCCAGGUGGAGCUGGUGAAGAGCCCGGGCUCCAAGUGUCCCAGAAGAGGGGAAGUGACUGCAAGCUGGCUGGCGGAGAGAGCACUGUUGGCGCCAGGAUCCAGCUCUGGGAAGCUGAGAUUGUUCACCAGACGCUGCCUGGGAGGACUACAAUGGAAGAGGAAGGACUAAGCAACUUCAAGGAACUUCGAGCCAAAUUUCAAAAGUUUGAUGCCCCACCUCUUCCAGGACCUAUUAAGUUACCAGCUAGUGUUUCUCGAAAGGAGGACAGGGGACACACACAGCCAACUCAGAGUCUGGCUAGCAGGAAGCGUCUCUCAUCCCCCCAUCAUCAGCCCCUAUCUUAUUCUUCUGCCGAAGUGUCCCGGCCUCUUAAAAGCCAGAAAACAAAGUCGACCCAGAGAGGUGAUAUUCAGAAGAAUUCAAGUUCCUCUGGACCUCCAGAAAAAUCUGCUAUGUGUCCUGCAAGAAAUUCCCAGAAAGCUGCCAUGCCAUUGGAUGUGAGUAAAUCAAGAGCAGUGACAUCCAGCGAGGGCAAAGGAAUGGGCAUCAGCAGCUUCAGAUAUAAGCUUUGGAACUGGGAGCAAUUUUCAUCUCAGAAGAGUGAUUUGUCCCCAGCUCCUCCCCUUACCAACUGUGGGAAUAAGACCUUCCAUCUUGAAGGACAGAAAACCACCGCACUUGCUCAUAGAAAACCCGAAAAGGGCCCAGAGGCAACAGGAGUCCAGACCCUUCCUCCCCAGAGCCGUAUGAUGGUCCAGGGAAAAUCACCCAUGGCCUCUGAACCCUCCCCUUUGCCACUUCCUCAGCACAGCAGGAAAAGCACAGAAAGCCCUGGAGCUGAGGGGAGCCCCAGGAGCAGCCCGUGCCAGCCUGUUUAUGAAUGCGAGCUUACCAGCCUGGUUCCAGAAAAGACAGAGAGCAGGCUUCACCAGCUUCCCAAAACAAAGCCACUGCCUUCCAUUGAGACCCUCGGCCCGCCUCCCCUGAAGCCUGCAAAACCCCCAUUUGUGAACCUGCAGGCCUUCCAAAGGACGACUGCUCUCUCCACGACCCUGAAAGAAGUGACUGCGAAGGAGGGCCCCCUGCUUCCAGAUAGGACUGAGUUGGAAGAACCACAUAAUUAUGACACAACAAUUUCAUAUCUGAGUCAAUCUAGCAACUCCAUUAACCUGUGUGCGGCAGGAGAAACUAGUGAUGCCACUUACGAAGUUGAAAUUGAAGAACUCCAAAAGCCUUGGAGGAGUUUUCUCCAUCCAGAACCGAGCCCUAGACCUCAAGACAAAGAAAACAGCAUGAAGGAAAAGGAGCCAUCUGAAUUCAAACCUUCAAAGCCAGAGGAUUCGCAUCCUAACCAUCCUUCUAAGGUAGGUGCAUGUGAAGGGACACCAGGAAAGGUCCAGAUGGCUGGAGUCCAUGAGGACAGAAGGAACGUUCCGGCUGGAAACCACGAAGCCAUGACUGACAUUCCUCGGAACAGGCUCUUUCCUGAGGACGUGAUGCUGAUAAGGCACUCCCAAGACAAGGGUGCGUAUGUGGAGGCUUUGGAGGUGACCAAAGAAACCCCAAGUCCAAGCACCAUUAGAUCAAAUUCCUCUUCCGAGAAGAUGUACGAUGAUGUGGGGUGCUCCAGAGAAGAUCUACCAAAGUGGGGCUUUUCCAGCUCAUUCACCUCCGACAGCGAAGAAAAUAGUGAAGAAAUGUAUGAAGACAUCUACAAAACAAAGAAUAAUGACCAAAAGCCAGAUGUAGAUGGAAGGACAGCGCUGAGAAGAUUGCAGCAGCUCUUUAGGAAAGAGAAGGGCGUAUUCGGGAUGAAGAAAGCCAAGUCGAGAGAAAAUGUCAGCAAUGGAUUUUCUAUGUCACUGCCUGACUUAGGUAAGUAGCGUUUAUUUGAUUCUCAGGAUGUCAUCAUCUACGACGACGUGGACACCACAAGCGAGAAAGAAUCAAAAGAUGAAGAUAAGCUAAAAACUUGGAAGCCUAAGUUUUUGACAUCAAAGGGGAAUAAAGGGGAAAAGGGCAGCAAUGGAUCCAAAAGUUUUUCGCCCAGAAAUUUCUUCAGAACUAAGAAGCACAACUUAGAAAAGAAUAGAAUGGAAAAAGAAGAAAAACUUUUCAGAGAAAGAUUUCAGUAUGGUAAAGAGAUUGUGGUCAUUAACAGAGCAGUAGCAUGCUCCAGUAAUUCACGAAAUGGAAUAUUUGAUCUGCCAAUAACUCCUGGAGAACAGCUGGAAGUCAUCGACACCACUGAACAAAACCUAGUGAUAUGUCGCAAUUCCAAAGGCAAAUAUGGAUAUGUGCUCAUUGAACACCUACACUUCAAGCAUCAGGGCUGACCCCAUUAGGAAGAUCUGCAUAAGGCAGGACGUGCCCAAGUCCCACAGCACGCUUCCAGUUCCUGUGUCAAAACAAGAUGUGCUGUGGAGACUUCUGUCAGAAACUCACAAGAAAACCCUCAACAUGUCAGUGUUGGUUUUACUUUGAAAAAGUUUGUCUUUCAAUGUCGAUUUUACUGCUGGUUCGAGAGAAUGCGAAACAGAACGUUAGUGCGCGAGCACUUGUCUAGUGAGCCAUAGCCCAAGUUAGACAUCCUGCCGUAUGGUGCCUAGUGUUAGUGCACAUUUACAUUUCAUAUGAGUUCUAAGGAAUAAAAUAAUGCAACCAUGUUACUUUAAACAAACAAAAACCCACCUGAGCCAUAAUUGUUUGUUUGUAAACCAAAGUAAAAGAAUGGAAGAUAAGUACUACUGAAGGGAUCAGUUUGCUGAAAAAAAAAUAUUCUUUUCUAAAUUCAACCAGAAGUAUUUUUUAGAAGAAUUUGAGC